AUGGCUCCCUCUGUCGCUGAAAUCCCUACUGCUACGGUUGAUACCGUCACCAAGAAUGUGGCCAAACUCGCCGUUAGCGCCGUCCCUAACGCCAGCCUCGAGGGUAAACAUGACGAUGGACCCUCUUACCCCUACUACUACCCCCACUACGACCUGAACGAGAAGUGGGAGCCUCUUGAGGUUCGCGAGUUCUCCGACCCUGGCCUGCGAGCCAACCCCGCCAAACCCAACCUCCUCAACGAGAACGCCAAACUCCGCCACCUCAGCCCAUAUAUCGGUACCGAGAUCCAAGGCGUUCAGAUCUCCCAACUCUCCAAGGAAGGCCUCGACGAACUCGCACUGCUCACCGCCGAGCGCAAGGUUCUCGUCUUCCGCAACCAAGACUUCAAGGACCUUGGCCCCGAGCGCCAGAUCGAAAUCGCCAGCCACUUUGGUCCCAUCCACAGGCACCCCACGUCUGGCAACGUCAAGGGCUUCCCUGAGUUCCAUGUCGUCUACCGUGACCCCUCUCAUGACCACUUCAAGGAGUACAUUGGUGGCGACCGAAUCAACCUCACCAGCUGGCACUCUGAUGUCUCCUACGAGAAGCAGCCCCCUGGCACGACUUUCUUCUUCAUCCUCGAUCAGCCCGAAACCGGUGGUGACACCCUGUUCGCCUCCCAAGUCGAGGCGUACAGCCGACUCUCGGACGAAUUCAAGAAGAGGUUGGAAGGACUCCGUGUCGUCCACUCCGCCGUCCGACAAGCCGAAUUCUCUCGACGCAUCGGUGGGCCUGUUCGCCGCGAACCCAUCGAGACUGAGCACCCCAUCGUCCGCGUCCACCCUGUAACCGGAGAAAAGGCCCUCUACAUCAACCAAGGCUUCGCCCGACGCAUCGUUGGACUUAAGCAAGAAGAAUCCGACUUCCUUCUCAAAUUCCUGUUCGACCACAUCGCCAAGGGCGCGGACUUCCAGAUCCGUGCCAGCUACGAGCCUGGAACUGUUGUUGUCUGGGACAACCGAGUUACGGUCCACUCUGCUACCCCUGACUUUAGCCCCACCUUCCGACGACACGCUGUCCGCCUUACUCCUCAGGCUGAGGUUCCCACUGCUCCUGCUUCACCUUAA